UUUGGAUUCGCCAAGAUACUGUUAAAUUCCACCGCUACAACUGAACUGUACGAACGUUGGGCUAGGGAGUAUGGUCCAGUGUAUAAGGUCCCGGAUAUCUUUGGACGGUCCAGGGUUAUAUUAUGGGACCCAAAGGCAAUCUCUCAUUUCUUUGCAAGAGACACAUGGUUGUAUAACCAAACUCCGUUCAGCAAGAUCGUCAUUCGAACAACGAUCGGAAGAGGAGUAUUGUGGGCCGAUGGUGAAAGUCACAAAAGGCAGCGCAAGGCUCUCAACCCCGCCUUUACCGCAGUUGCUAUUCGCAGCUUGACAUCUGUUUUCCAAUGUGCCGCUCACAAGGUCAGUCACUAA